AUUAAUACAUCGGAUAUUAUGUGAGAAAUUCCGGAAAAACCUUUAACUGAACAAAAUUAGCUAUUUAUUAUCCAACCCGACGAAUAUGGCGACUAUUGAAAGAAAAGACCCGAAAAAUAAAUCUGCUAGAAAUCGAAGAAAUCUGAAACUUCGUCGGCGCAAAAGACAACGAGUGAAUACUGAGCUAAAACAGCUCUACUUUGAAAAAAAAUUAGAUCAGCUAAAGAAGUCUCUCCAAGAACAGCAGCAAAUAAAAAUUCUUGAAAAUCAGGACUUUCAACCGGAGUCAUUUUGUAAAGUGAAGCUAGCUAAGAUUCACGAAAAACAACUCCACUUACUUAAGAAAUUAAACUUGCGAACGCGGUCUUCUCCUCUGGCUUCACCUUGCAAGCAGCAGCAACAAAUUUAUACUGUCCAAGUAGAUCCCAAUGUCCCUGCAACAAAUCCUCCAACUGGAAACAUGUUGUAUUACAUUCCAUCAACUGCUGGGACUCCAAUAUAUAUAAGCUCGAAUCGGCCACCAGACCCUCCAGGGUUUAGGCCUCCUGGUCCUCAAGUAGUCGGACAACCAGACCCGAGAUUUGGACAAUCAUUUCCCCCAGGACUUAGACCAAUGGGACCCGUGCAGCAGGAAACUGCUGGUCAAGGAGAGUGGCUAGAGGCCUUUGCAGAUAAAAAAGUUCGACGAGCAUUCGUCCGAAAAGUGUAUCUUAUUUUGACAGCUCAACUUCUUUUCACUUUCGGAAUAAUAUGUUUGUUUAUUUUCGAACCUCAUGUGAAGCACUUUGUAUUGACCAAUACUGCGUUGUUGUGGGUAGCAUUGGGUAUCUAUAUAGUAGUGGUCAUAGCAUUAGCUUGCGUUGAAAAAUUGAGACGUCAGUUUCCUUUGAACUUAAUAACUUUGGCUAUAAUAACUCUUUGCAUGAGCUACAUAAUGGGUUCUAUUUCGUGCGUGUACGAUACUAAUGCUGUGCUUAUGGCUAUUGGAAUUUGUGUGAUUGUCUGUUUCGUGGUGACAGUGUUUUCUUUUUAUACAAAGUUUGAUUUCACCAAUUGCGGAGGUAUUAUGUGCAUUUUGCUCAUAGUUCUGUUAAUCUUUGGUAUUGUGGCCAUCAUUGUCCGUUCUCACACUAUGACAAUGGUGUAUGCAGGAGUUGGUGCAUUAGUUUUCAUGGCUUUUCUUGCUUAUGACACGCAAUUGAUAAUGGGAGGAAAGAUGCAUGCUAUUAAUCCAGAAGAAUAUGUGUUCGCUGCUCUGUCCCUUUAUGUUGAUGUCAUGUACAUAUUCAUGUAUAUUCUUAUGCUUUUUGGAGGAACUGGAGAGAGAUGAAUGUAGAUUCAA